GUGUGUCAAUCUACGUGUUCGAUUGCUGCCGCUUCAUUGACGAAUGCGGCCUCACAAUGCAGGCACGGUACAUCUCCAGCUUCCUCCGCGGGCUCCGCGUCUUCCAAUCCGCUUCCGUGAUUCCGUUGAUCUGGUUCUUUGCCCGCCCGGGUCACCUCCGAACAGAGGGCUGGGAGGCUGAGUUCUUGGCUUUGCUCUCGACGGUUGGCACACUGCUCGUGGCAUACUUCCUCCUGGAGUGUUUCACACGACUUCGCCACCGGCCUGUUGACAUCUUCAUCGCCUGUCGCAAGGGGUUGCUCCCGGAGCUGACGGCACUGCUGGACGAAGGCACAGAUGCAAACCGCCGCCUGCUGGAUGCCACAAGGCAAACACCGCUGCACAUCGCGGCAGCUGCCGGCAGCAGUGAGUGUGUCACAGCUUUGCUGCAGCACGGAGCCGACCCGUUGCUGUGUGAUGUUGAGGAUGAGACUGCUCUCCACAAGGCGUGCCGGCGUGGCGACGCGAGGUGCAUUCGAGCGUUCCUCCAUCCCCCGAACGACACGCCGUGCGUGUUGCGAGGUGACCACCUGGAGUGCACUCUCCAAGCGAACAAGUCGGGACUCAUCGCACGACAGCUGCUCUCGCCGAAGGCAGAUUGCAGUUUGGCGGACGAGUUGAGGGCCUGCGAGCACGGAGAGGCGCCCCUCGUCGGGCGGACUUGCAGUACGCAGAUGGAGCAGAGCAUCCCAAGGCGGCCGACGACUCCUGUGGAAGCCACAGAGAUCUUCGGGAAGGUGCUAAAGGACAGCAGCUCGCGUUUCCUCGUGGACGAGACAAGCUCGGACAACUCGAACCUGACAGGCUUUCUGUUCAGCACGGGCGUCGGGGAGAGGAUGGCCGAGGUACUCGGGGCUGACCAGCGCUUCGCUGAGGAGCAGCCGGUGCAGCUCACAGCCUUGCGGACGCAGGGCGUGCUGGGCGCGGGGGCCUUCGGCAAAGUCUUCAAGGUACUCGAUGUCGCCUCAUCAGAGGUCUAUGCCUUGAAGUUGCAGCGCCGCGACCGGGCAUCCAAGUUUGCCAUCCGAGAAGCCAAAGCACUCCACAGGUCCAGCCACGCCUUCAUCGUCAGGCUAAUUCACAUUUUCCAGACGCAGUCCUACUACGCGCUGCUGAUGGAGCUUUGUCGCUGCCUUGGAAAUGCCGUAAGGGACAUCUGCACCAACUGUACCAGGGAAACCCUGUACAGGGCGAUAUCACCCAACAUUCUCUAA